AUGUAUGGACUGAACAUGCAAGAUGGUUUCCUAAAUGUGGAUUUGUGAAUCUUGUAAGGGGACAAGAAUUUAUUAAGCAAUGCAUUGACAGCAGGCCGUCUUUGGAUGAAUCAGUAAAUAUUAUAUAAUUAUAUUUACGUCAAAUAUCUGAUAAAAGUAUCAAAUUAUUUUAUAUGUAUAUAGAUUUUUGAAGGUGUGCCAGAAGAUGAAAGCACAGAUACAGCUGAAACACAACCUCUUGUGCCUUCAUCAGAAAUUACAGAAGCAACAUUGAACGAGUUAUUAGAGAGUCCACCAGCGAUAGAAGCAUUAGAAAUUGGAUUACAUGUGGGUAGAGUAAAAAGAGCUUUAAAAAAGCGAAUGGAAGAAAAAGGAACACCAUAUACAAAUUCUGAUGAACUUAUAGAAGAUGUUCUUUGUGAUCAGGUUACGGAAGAAAUGAUAAGAGAGCCACCCAACAGUGGUGUAGAACAGUGUAAUAGUGUCGAAAAAGACGAAUCUAAAAUAUGUUCAACUGAAAAUGAGAACUCUGCAGUAUCUACUGACAAAGGUAAAAAACUAAUAAAAAAAUCUAAUUCUGAAGAAAUUACGGCUUUAGAAGAAGAAAAUAGAAAAUUGAAAGAAGCUCGUUUAUGUAAAAUUUGCAUGGAUAGAGAAACAACUAUUGUAUUUUUACCUUGUGGACACUUAGCAACAUGUGUUUAUUGUGCACCAUCUCUUACACACUGCCUAAUGUGUCGACAAGAAAUUAAAGCCACUGUUCGUACAUUUCUAUCGUAAAUCAAAUAGUAAAAUAUUAGUGAUCACGUUUUUAAAUUUAUUUAUAAUAAAGAUAUAAAGUAAAGAUGUAUAUGUAUAAAAAUAUAUUUUUUGUAAAUUUUAUGAAUAUAUCAUUGUAUUUAUAAUUUAUAAUUUAGACUUGUUAAAUUAAGAGUACAUAUCAAAAAAUAGUGAAAAAGAAACAAAUUAACAGUAUAGUAUUUAUUAAAUAGAAAACUGUGUUACUACUUUUAAUGGUUAUAGUAUUUGUCUAAAUAAAUAAAAUUUUAUAUCUCCGUAAGUAGUUGAUAUUAAUUUCAAUUAUAUACUAUAAAUGAAAUGAAUAUUUAAUAUUUAAUAUUUUCUAUUGUACAUUGCGUUGCUGCAUAUUAUGUUACAAGAUUGGAUUACAGUGGUAAAUAUUAAAAGCCAAUUUAUGAAAUUUGAAAACAGCUCUAGAAUAUAAAUAUCUUUUUCCGAUUAUAAGACCGAUUAUACUCGACUUAAAAGAACUUGUGAAAGGAAUUUUCAUGAAGAAAUUUAAAAAUAGUAAUGACAGAUUACAUUGGACUAUAAAUGAAUCUUAUAGAAGAGAAAGUUUUUGAAUUAAAUACAAAAUUAAAUUGCAAUAAAAGUUUUAAAGCAUCUAGUAAGUAUUAGAUACAUAUUCUUUUACGUAAUUAAACAUUUAUAUUUUAAAACUUUAAUUUUUGGUUAACCUGUAACAUGUUCAUAAAUUUGAUUCUCUCAGAUUAUCUUAUACGACUUGUCUCCCAUUUCUUUUGGAAUUAACGUUCUACUUUGUCUAUUACAUUAUAUACAUAAAAUUUUUAAGUUGCAAUAACAAAAAAUACAUACAUUUAUUAUUUUAAUUAAUUAUUGAUCCAUUAUUUAUAUCUACAUCAAAAAUAAAAUAUUUUGCCUAAUGUUUAGACAAAAUCAAAUCAGAUCUUUAUUUAAUUAAGAUCUAAUUGAGAUUCAGUACUUUUAAUAUAAUUUAAAAUUAAGAUAAGCUAUCUUGAUUAGAUUAUAUGACAAUAUAAAUAAUCCUUAUAGCUGAUACUGAUACAUCAAUGUUAUUACAACACUGAUGUUGUUAAGUAUAUAUAUCUUCUGAAGGCAGGUAAGUACAAAUUUUAACGCAUACCUUUAAAACAUUUCAUUAUAAUAAUUUUACAAUAAAUUUUAUAAUACUAUAAUAAAUUAUGUAAGUAAUAUUAUAUUUUUAUUUAUUAUAAAUUUAUAUAUUUUAUAUUUUUAUAUUUUAUAAUAUAUUCGAAUAUAUUAAAUUUAAAAAUGCUACAAAUAUUAGAGAAAAUAUUUUAUAUACAAUACUAUAUUUCAUGUAAAUAUAAUAUUUAUACUUUUCCCGUAAUAUAUUCAAAUAUAAUAAUUCAAAAUAUAUUCAAAAUAUAUUCAAAAUAUAUUCAAAAUAUUCAAUAUAUUUUGUAUAUAUAUAAUUCAAUAUAUUUUGUAUAUAUAACAAUGACAUCUUCAUUUUUGAUUGACUCAUUGUUAAAACACUGACUUAGCAAGCAACAAGAUUAUUCCAAGAACUGAUUGUAUUUCUUGAAAUGUAUCAGAGAUAAAUAGAAAGAAAUCAUGAAAUAUUUUGCAAAUGCAUCAGUUCUUUUCUCAUAAACAUAUUCUUUCCAUAACAUGUAUAUUCAUUUAUUACAUGAUAUGUUUUUUUACAUGUAUCUUAUUUUAAAUUUGAUUUUACUACAUAAAAAUUCUAUUAUAUAUAUAGAUAUAAACAAAGUUAUAGAAAUGUUGAAAUGAAAAUAAAAAAGUUUAAGCUAAUUAUAUUUUAUCAAAAACUUCACUAAAUUAUUAAUUAAAAAACAUUUCCAAAAAUUGCAUGAAUUAAUAUGCAACUAAACACGUACAAAGAGAAAAUUGUUUCUUUUUCUAUGGCCAUUAUUAUUACAUAUUACGCUUUGCUUAAAUCAAAUUUAGAACGAAGGUUAGAGGAUUCAUGAAAAAACGUCAUUGCUAUUUUCCAAGAAUAUAUCAAAACAUUUGAAAGAAUUUGUAUUUUUUGUUUGGAACUUCUAUUUUGUUUUCUAUAUAUAUACUGAAAAUUAAUUGUAUGUUAUAUAUAUACUGAAAAUUAAUUGUAUGUAUAUUUAGUCGUUUCAUUUAAAAGCUUGCAUGAAUAUAUAUAAACGAAUAUAUUUAUUAUAAUAAUAAUAAAAUUACGAAAUAUUGCAUUAAAUAUAUAAUAUAUUUGUGUAAACUACGUCUUCUUGUAUUAUGUUGCAAGAUCGGAUUAUGAAGAUAUUAAGAUUCGAUUUAUGAGUCUCAUCUCUUAUCAAAAGGUAUCAGUAAUUCCAUUCAUCAAAUAUAAAACAGCUUGUUUAUCGACAGAUAAAUGAAUUGACUAAUUGUUCUCAGAAAAAUUCUUGCUUGUAUACAUAAUAUAUCGAUUGCCUUUUGGAAUUAGAUUUAUUUAAUUGUUGGAAUAUUAAGAUUAAAUUGUUUAUCGGAAACAAGGUUGAACUACAGAAAAGAAAGAAUAUAAAAAAGAAUGAAAGAUAAAUAUCAAGUUACAUUGUAGGAAGAUUUAUCUUAAGGAAAGUACAAUAGAAAGAAAGAAAGAUUAUUUAGGAGAAAAUCUACCUAAUAUUAAAAAUUAACCGUUAUAUGAUUAUAUCCAGUACCAUUAUAUAGAAAAAAUUAAAUAUUGAAAAAUGUUUUUAUAAAAAUAGGUUAAUGUAAAAAAGUUGUGUACAAUGCAAAAAGUACAGUAUACAAUGCAGAAGAAUCCUGAAUUAAUAUGA